AUGAUCUAUGAUGCACUCGAUGGAAAAUUAACCAAGAGUAGUGGUGAGGCACUUGUUCAGGAUCGAUAUUCUUUGCGAUGCUGUCCACAAUUUCUUGGUCCCAUAGUCGAAACAAUGUAUGACAUUACACAAAUAAUUGAAAUCGAAAUGAAUUCAGCCAAUGACAAUCCUUUGAUUGAUACCAAUACUGGCAAAGUUUACUGUGGUGGUAAUUUUCUUGGUGAGCAUGUGGCCUUAGCUAUGGAUCGACUACGACAAGUUAUUGGUCUUAUGGCCAAACAUCUGGAUGUACAGGUCGCCCAGUUGGUUACACCUGAGUUUAACAAUGGUCUACCUGCUUGUUUAGUUGGUAAUCGUGCUCGUCAAGUAAAUAUUGGUGUCAAAGCUCUUCAAAUUUGUGGUAAUUCAAUUAUGCCUGUUUUGCUUUUUCUUGGUACAUCUAUAACCGAUAAAUUCCCCACACACGCUGAACAGUACAAUCAAAAUAUCAAUUCAAUGGGACAAAUGUCUGCAUGUCUCGCUCGUCAAUCAAUUUCUACAUUGUGUCAACAUUUGAGUAUUUGUCUUCUUGUUUGUGUUCAAGCACUUGAUUUACGAGCCAAUAUUAUUGAGAAAGAAACCAAUUAUGAUGCUCGUCCAUUACUCUCGGAAAAUAGUCGACGUGUUUAUGAAGCUGUUCGAUUGAUUAUAAAUGUACCUAUUGACAGAAAGCGUCCUUAUAUUUGGGAUGAUGGAGAGCAUGCAUUGGAUGAACAUAUAGCUCGAGUAGCCGAAAAUCUCAUCGGAAACGAAAAUGGACCACUCUAUAAAUUAUUUUCUUUAACUAUAAUGGAUAGUUUACAUUGUGCUGAUCCUGGUGCAAACCAAACUCAUCAACCUCAAGGUCAUGAAGAACAAGUCGCAGGAGUAAAUAUUUAUAAAACAGGUCAAGGAAAAUCGGCUAUUGUUUUAUUUACUGAUAUAUUUGGUUAUACUUUUAUUAAUACCCGAAAAUUAGCAGAUCGUUUUGCUAAUGAUACUGGUACAACAGUUCUUAUACCUGAUUAUUUUCAUGGAGAUUCAAUGAAUCCUACUAUACCCAAUUAUAGAGAUUUGUUACCUGAUUGGCUAAAAAGACAUCCGACAACUGAGGCAUGUGAAAUUGCAGAUAAAUUUAUUUCAACUAUUAAAGGACAUUAUGAAUCAAUUCAAGUAAUAGGUUUUUGUUAUGGUGCUAAAGUAGUAGUUUAUUUAAUAACACAUCCUGAAUUAUCAUCAACAAUAAAAGCAGCCAUAGUUGGACAUCCAUCAAUGUUAGUGAAAGAAGAAGCUAAACAAAUACGACGACCUAUUCUCUUUUUAUGUGCAGAAACUGAUCAUAUUUUUACACCUGAUAUUGAAGAAUAUUUUGAAAAAGAAUUAGCUACAAGUGGUUUUGGAACAUUUCUCAAAUAUCCUGGUACUGUUCAUGGUUUUAUUGUUCGACCAGAUGGUUCUCCACAAGUUAAUCAACAAAGUGAAAAAGCUGUUCAAGAUGCUAUCGAAUAUUUUAAAAAGAAUAUUUAA